CGCGUAUAAAUCGGAUCUAUUAUUCAAUGAUGAGCGCAGAAAAAUCAAAUAUUUUUGAAUGCCAAAUGUGCGAGUAGCAGGCGGCGACAGCAGAACUCUAAAAUACAGAUUUUACACAAGUUUAGCUAGAAUUAUAUAUAUGUACAGUUUUAUAUGUAUAUAUAUAAUACAUAAAGUGGAAAAGCCAAGCGCCAAAAGUUGUUUGUUUUCCCGUCUGUGGCACGCGCAGUGAACCGUAGUCCGAACCGAAAAGAACGUGCAGCAAAUCGUGUGUAAGAAAAUUAUUUUCGAACAAAUGGAUUUCCUAUCGAAUCUCAUAAAGCGACCCAACAGCAUUGUGCUGCCAGAGACCGAGCCCGCGUCCGCACCCGGAGCCUCGCCCAGUUGCAGUUCCAGUGCCCCAACAGCUGUGCCCAGCUCCAGGCACUCUUUAUCCAGCUCCACCGCGUUCAUCACAUUAGCCAUGGAUCGCUGUUCCAUUGACCCGGAACUGGACAGUUUAUUUGAUUCAGCUGCCCAGGAUUUGGAUAGCCUGGAGCGGCAGCACAAAGAUUUGAUAGAUCACGUGGAUGCGCCUGUUCCAUGUCCAGACUCUCCACCCAAGUCAACAAACAGCACUAGGGAAACCAUCAAACAGCUACUCAGUGAGAUUAAUUUUAAUCUGGAUCAAGUAACCGCACGUGAAAUGGAACAUUUACAGGCAAUGAGCCUUGAGCUGAGUCCGCUGGCCGUAAAGCCAGGUUCGGCCAGGCACAACUUGGAGCAGCAGAAGGCACUGGUCGUGGCAAUGCGCUCCACAUCGCAGCCGAGCACGCCGCGGGACAAGGAGCAGCCAUUGCUUAAAUUCACGGGUUUGCCCGAGUUCGAUGAGACCCAAAUACCAGAACUAGCGCCGCUCAGCGUCGAAAUGGAAGCUCAACUGAAGGCGGAUGCAUGUGCUCCGGUGCUCAGCUCGACGACGCUUAAGCUGAGCGAGCACGAAUACAACUCCGAUUCGGAUGUUUAUGCCGAGUGUCUUUCCCUGAACAGCGGGAAGCUCUCGGCGGACCAGUCCGAGCUGGAGGCCUACUCGAGCGCCUUAAAUGACGUUCUGGAGCAUCAGCAGCUGUCCAAUGCGACAGCAACAACGCUCGAGAAUACGCUGAGCGAUGCGGCUCAUAACGACAGCUGCGAGCCAAUGGAUGUCGAUGAUAUAAAUGAGACAAUGGAAUUGCUAAAGGAUGUGCUUGCACCGGAGGAUCGUCAGCAGCUGCAGCAGCAGUUGCUGGACGGGGCAAUGCAGCAGCAAGAGGAGGCUCAGCAGCCGACACAGCAAAGGGGGAUGCCGAAAGUUGAGGAACAGCGGGAGGAGGCCGUGCCAAAGGAGCAGUCCAUGCAGCAGGAACAACCCGUGCCAAAGGAGCAGUCCAUGCAGCAGGAGCAAUCCCCAAAGCUAGAACAAUCCAUGCAAAAGGAGCAGGAGCCAGCCACGUCGCAACCAAUUGCUGCUCCAGCUCCAAUAUCUCCAACCGGACAGACGAUCCCAACUAUGGACCUACCGCUGGAGCAACUAGUGCCCACAGCUUCAGAUUCAGACAAAAUUGAGGAUCAUACAACGCCGAAUGCACAAACCGUCUCGCAGCCAGCUCCUGCUCCGGCUCCGCUCUCACCACCAUUGCCCACACACCAGAAGAAGCAAGAUGUGGAGCAACCAGUUCCAGACUCUGCAGCUUCUGCCCCACUCUCCCCACUACAGAUACCCGAAGCAGUGCCAGUCUCUGCUCCAUUGCAGACGCAGCAGUCUGUAGGGCAACUGCUGGAGCAGCCCAUACCGCCAUCCGAUGCAGCUCCAAUCUCGCCCACGUUGCAGGCGCAGCCAGGUGAGCUGCUGCCCACAUCGCCGCCCAUACCCACACAUCGCAUGAAGACGCCUGAGGAGCUGGUGGAGCUGUUGGCCUUGCAGGCCUACGCCCAGCCACCUGAAGAGCCACAGCAGCCGGCAGACGUCAUGGCGAGUGCAGCCAGGCACGUGGAAGAGUUGCAAGCGUCGCCGCCCAAGCCCGUGGCAACUGUGGCGCCCGUACCUAAGCAGCCCAGUCCGUUGCCAGCACUGGAACUGAAUAUAGGUGUUGGCUCGCAGGAUGGCUGCUCUGGGCCGACAUCGCCCAGCUUCCCUGUAAGAUCACCUGCGGAAUCACCGAGGCACUUUCCACGCUCACCGCAUGCGCCGGCCGAGCAGGAGGAGAUGCAAUAUCUGGAACAGGCGAACAUUGAGCCCGCCGCCGAGCCUAAGCUGUGCCUGAGCGGAGUCAUAGCCAGGUCGCCGCUACCCAUACAAUUGACCGUGACGGGUGCCAGCCCAGAGGGGCCGCAGCAGCAGCCCCUCCCUAGCAAUUCCCCACUCAAUGGCACCUUUGACAGCGCCAGUCCGGAGUCGAUUGAGAGAGCUGAACGCCCGCGGGCAACUUUUGGCGUGCCGCUGAAUGCAGCCGGCGGCCAACAAAGACUCACCUUCUCGGUGAGCACGGAUCGAGCAGAGCAACAGGCGGCCAAGCGGUUCAGCGAGUCCCAAGCGUAUGAUCGCGGCCAGGAGGAAAAUCAAUUGAAUGCCACCUAUGGCACAUCACUGCAAGCAGCUCGGGAGGAGGAGCAGCAGCAGCAGCAGCGGCGCACAUUUUUCGUAGAGGAUCUGCGCAAGGAGGAGGAGCAGCAGCGUGGAUUGGGAUCAAAUCAAAUGCGACGCACUUUUUGCAUGGAGCAGGACGCAUCGCCGGCACUAGAGGCUACCGAGGAGAAUAUCAUGGCUGAUGAUUUGGAGCCUAUGGAUGUGGAUCAGUCGAUCCACAACGUCGACAAGGAGUCGACAGGACAGCUGGCCGAGUCUCAAGCAGCUUCAGAACAGCAAGAGCACCAGCCGCAGCUGGAGCAGCUGCCAAUCCAACUCAAGCGUCCGUCUAUCCACUCAGAUGUGCCAGCUUAUGUGGAGGAGCAGAGACUGUCCGUUAAGGAGCAGCUCAGUGCCGGUGAUGAAAAGGAGGAUGUCUAUGUGGACCACUUUGGUGCCAUGUCGCCCAUUUCUGAUGACAUUUUCAAGCAGCCACAGUGCAUCGGUAGCUUGGCCAGCUUGGCCAGGGGCAAGAAAGCCAGCGUAACCGAUGAACAAUUCCAUGAUGCAGAGUUUCACGACGGAGCCAGCAACAACAACAUUAUACUCAAUUCAUCAGAUUUCGAUUAUUUGUACACAAAAGGCAGCAACAAUGCGCCCAUCGAUCGGAGCUCGUUACUAUUGAAAUUUGAUCCGCUUCUGGGUGCUCCGGUGCCAGUGAAUCAGUCGCAACAGCAGCAACAGCAGCAGGAGCAGGCGCUGCUAAACAUACUCAGCAACAACAACAAUUUAACACGUGCAUUGAGUCCCACAUUGGAGGAGCACGAGACCAGCGGUAGCAAUCAGUCGCUUACAUUUGAACCCUGUGCCAAAGGAGCAGCAGCUGCAGCUCAAAAGGAUUUCAAGCCGCCAGUGGAUAGAACAAGAAAGCAUGCAAAAAUGAGUGUGGAUGUUAUCGAUAACGAUUGCAACAAGACCUUCGAUAAUUCAAACUUGAACUCGGAGGACAAAACAAACAAAUACAACAACAUGGAUGAACUGGAGAAAAAAAUCAAAAAUGAAGUCACCCGCUCCGAGGACAUUGAAAAGAAACUUAAAGAUGCCGAGCAACGCGAAGAGGCGCUGGUCAAACGGAUUACAGAAAAGGACAAAACAAACGCAAAACUCAACGGCGUCAUUGAAGCCUACGAAAAAGCCAUUGCAGAGCUGAUCCAUGAUAAGGAGCAGCUGGUACAAAACCAUGAAAGGCAAAUGCUGGAAGUGCAAACAGAUCGUGAUUCGAAUUAUCAUCACUUAACGUCGCUGGAAACGACAUUUUCCGAUCUCCAUGUCAAAUAUGAAAAGAGCAAGGAGAUGACCUCACAGCUAAAACAGAUCGAGGAGAAUCUGCUGGAGGAGAAGAAGAAAUUAAUGGACAAAUUGCGACAGCAAGAGCAGCGAUAUGAGCAAAUGAAAAGCCAUGCCAUGCAGCAAAUGGAAAUUGCCAACAAAAAGAUGGCCACACUUACAAAAGAGCACACGGAUGAGGUGAAAAAAUUGAAAGCUUUACUCAAAAAGGAGGAAGUCUCGCGCAUCUCGACGGCUGAGCAGCUGCAACAAAAGUCUCGGGAGAAUGCGGAUCUGCUCAAGAUAUGCGAGGAGCUUAUCUACGAUAAGGGACAAGGUGGUAGUAGUUAAACUUCAACCCGAGUGGAUUAUUUUUGCGGCCUGAAUGUAUUUUCUAUUUUACGCUGUAAACGCACACACACACACACAUACUCUCCCUCUCACACUCACAGUCAACAUCCACACACAGACACAUAUUAUGGCAUGUGGAACGCAUGUUUGUCGCAUGUUCAUUGACUCAAUCGCGUACUAUCUCAUUACAUUUUGUAACUUUUGUUGUGUGCUCUUGUGAAUUGAUUGAGAACCUCAUAUUAAAUCUCAAUUCUUAAGCUGUCGUCUUGUUAAAUGGCGGAUUUCGCGCCCAACACUAUGCCUAACUAUCCAUAUAUAUGUAUUGUACUAUUUCUAGAUUUUUAGUUUACACAAAACAACAACCACAACAACAACACCUACAUGCCGAGCUGCAAAUGAGUUCCACACACACGUUGAGAUCCACACACUCGCCUUACUGGAUCCUCCCCGCCCCCUCUCCCUAAAAUGUUACUAAUUUCUGUCGAAUCUGCCUUUUAUUUAAGUUCAAUGAUAUUAAUGCGUUAUGUUUGUCUGAAAAUUUAAAUCGAUUUUCAUGCCAAAUACCAGAAAAUUAUUUUCUCCACACACAAACACACACAUUGAAUUGUUUGUUGUGUUUGAUGAAAAGCUGAAGUUAAUACGGAAACCCUCAAAAAAAAAAAAAAAA